AUGUCGAACCCCAAAAUGUCCAACCCCAAAAUGACCCCCCACAUCGACCGCGUCCGCGCCGGCCGCAUCACCAAACCCGGCGCCCGCCCCCCCACCACCCAUAAGCCUCCCCCCGCCAGCAAACCCACCAAGAAGUUCCCCGUCAAUGCGCUCAAGAAGCGGAUCCGUGACCUGGAGCGACUGCUGAAGAACGUGGACGAGCUGGCGGCGGACGUGCGCGUGGAGCGGGAGCGGGAGCUGGCGGCCAGUCGGCAUGAGCUGGGACAUAAUCAGGAGCAGCAGCGGCGGGGGGAUAUGAUUAAGCGGUAUCAUAUGGUGCGGUUUUUUGAACGCCAAAAAGCCACCCGUGCGCACAAAAAAGCCCUCAAAGCCCUCAACGCCACCACCGACCCCGCCGAGCGCGCCCGCCUCGGGCCCCUCGCCAAAGCCGCCGAGAUCGACCUCAACUACACCAUGUACUACCCGCUGAUGCUGCCGUACGUCUCACUGUACACGGACCACGGGGCUUCCUCCUCGAAGAACGGCGGUGCGGACGAUGUGGAGAAGGACAAGGCGACAGAAGAGGGGGGGAAUGAAGCGGUGCCGAAACGGCGGGGCGACGUGCAUGUGCGCGGGAUGAUCGUGGAGGCGAUGGAGAAUGAUUCGUUGGAGCGGUUACGCGAUCGGGGGGAUGUGGAGGAGAUUCAGAAGCGGAGGGGGAAAGCGAAGGCUGCAGCGACGGCGUCGAAGGGAGCAAGUUCAAAGACCGGGAAAGAUGGGAGGAGAGAGGGGAUGGAGGGGGAGGAAGUUGAUGAAGGGUGAGGGAGGGGGGAGGAUGGUAGUUUCAGUAAUGCGGCAAGUUGCGAUGUCGGCAGGGUGGCAGGGUUGGGGAUGUUGGGG